UUUUAACCGUCGCACCACACAGUUGUGAAGGCAGCAGCAGCCCAAAUAUUGUCCAGGUCACUACUUUAGUUCACUACAGUGUAGUGAUAUAUAACGGCUUCUACUCACUAUGUAGUGAACUCUGUGACGUGCAAAUAAACAACACGCCGCGUGUGUGAAGCCCUACAGAGACGUUUCACACGUUUAUACGACACAAAAUGGGGAAAAUAAAGCGAGAGCGACAGAAACGUCACCACGAUGCUGUGAAGAUCAGACCUGAGAAAAGUUCUUCAUCUCUGAUACAUGAUGAGGAACAGAUCCAAACAUUACCUGUAAACAUCACACAAUCAGCUGGUAAACCCACAGACGUGAAGGCCUUUAACUUCCCCAAGGGCAUUUUUGCUGGUACUGUAAUUCCUCCUGAAGCUCUGGUUCAGACUCUUAGUGUUCCUGAGUCUCCAGCAGGACAACCAGCAGGACAACCAGCAGGACAACCAGCAGGACAACCAGCAGGACAACCAGCAGGACAACCAGCAGGACAAACCCGAGGCGCCGGGCAGAAGCAGCAGUCGAAGAAGGAGAAGAUGAAGGAGAGACGUGAGCGCUGGCUGAGCAAGAUCAGCGGCAUUAAACUGGCCCGUGAGGAGCAGGCAGCACUCGCACGCCGCAAGGCCACGCCCAUCGUCGGGGAUAUGAGGAUAUUGGCUGAUGCACUUCCUGAGCUCUGCUCCUUUAUCAGAGCGUCCAGCUCCAAGAAACAGAAAGGUUUGGUGAAGAAGAAACCAGAGCCCACAGAUUUCUGUCAGAUGAAGCCAGCACAGAAACGCAAACUAAUUGAGAUGGAAAUGUCCCGCUUCAGUGAAGUGAUGAAAGACUCUACCUUCAAGUCCAACCCCUUCAGUGUGAUUGGUCAACAUUUAAGGAAACGUCUCAAACAGGAAGACGAGCAGAGUUAACUCCGCCCACUUUCUGCAGACUCCUCAUAAUCAAUAAGAGUGUGAGUGUGAGAGAGAAUGUGUGAGAAUGAGUGUGUUACAAUGUGUUAGAUGUUUGAGUGUGUUUGAGUUAAAUGUUUGAGUGUGUGUGAGGGCGUGAGUGUGUGUGAGGGCGUGAGUGUGUGUGAGGGCGUGAGUGUGUGUGAGGGCGUGAGUGUGUGUGAGGGCGUGAGUGUGUGUGAGGGCGUGAGUGUGUGUGAGGGCGUGAGUGUGUGUGAGGGCGUGAGUGUGUGUGAGGGCGUGAGUGUGUGUGAGGGCGUGAGUGUGUGUGAGGGUUUGUGUGUUUGUGAGAGCGUUUGUGAGAGCGUUUGUGUGAGCGUUUGUGAGAGCGUUUGUGUGUGCGUUUGUGAGAGCGUGUGUGUGUGUUUGUGAGAGCGUGUGUGCGUGUUUGUGAGAGCGUGUGUGCGUGUUUGUGAGAGCGCGUGUGCGUGUUUGUGAGAGCGCGUGUGCGUGUGUGUGUGUUUGUGAGAGCGGUGUGUGUGAGUGUGUGUGUGUGUGUGUGUGUGUGUGUGAGUGUGUGUGUGAGGGCGUGAGUGUGUGUGAGUGUGUGAGGGCGUGAGUGUGUGAGGGCGUGAGUGUGUGUGUGUGAGAGCGUGAGUGUGUGUGUGUGAGAGCGUGAGUGUGUGUGUGUGAGAGCGUGAGUGUGUGUGUGUGAGAGCGUGAGUGUGUGUGUGUGAGAGCGUGAGUGUGUGUGUGUGAGAGCGUGAGUGUGUGUGUGUGUGUGAGAGCGUGAGUGUGUGUGUGUGAGAGCGUGAGUGUGUGUGUGUGUGUGAGAGCGUGAGUGUGUGUGUGUGUGUGAGAGCGUGAGUGUGUGUGUGUGUGAGAGCGUGAGUGUGUGUGUGUGUGAGAGCGUGAGUGUGUGUGUGUGUGAGAGCGUGAGUGUGUGUGUGUGUGAGAGCGUGAGUGUGUGUGAGAGCGUGUGUGCGUGUUUGUGAGAGCGUGUGUGCGUGUUUGUGAGAGCGCGUGUGUGUGUUUGUGAGAGCGCGUGUGCGUGUUUGUGAGAGCGCGUGUGCGUGUUUGUGAGAGCGCGUGUGCGUGUUUGUGAGAGCGUGUGUGCGUGUUUGUGAGAGCGUGUGUGCGUGUUUGUGAGAGCGUGUGUGCGUGUUUGUGAGAGCGUGUGUGCGUGUUUGUGAGAGCGUGUGUGCGUGUUUGUGAGAGCGUGUGUGCGUGUUUGUGAGAGCGUGUGUGCGUGUUUGUGAGAGCGAGUGUGUGUGUGUGUGAGAGCGAGUGUGUGUGAGAGUGAGUGUGUAAGUAUGAGUGUGCGCCCGUGAGAGAAUGAGAAUGUGUGUGUGUGUGUGUGUGUGUGUGUGUGUGUGUGUGUGUGUGUGUGUGUGUGUGUGUGUGUGUGUGUGGGCGGCGUGAGAGAAUGAGUGUGUGUGCAUGCGUGAGAGAAUGAGUGUGUGUGAGUGUAUAAGUAUGUGUGUGGCGUGAGAGAAUGAGUGUGUGUGAGAAUAAGUGUAUGUGAGUGUAUAAGUAUGUGUGUGGCGUGAGAGAAUGAGUGUGUGUGUGAGAGAAUGAGAGAGUAAUGUAUAGCCCAGUCUUUGCCAGUUCUUCCAUUAUUAUUCCCUGUGCUGGGAUUCAGAUAAAAGAGAACCUGGAGAUGUUCCUCUGUGUGGCUCUGAUUGUUUCCCUGUGAGAACCUCAUCAUCUCUGCACUUCUGGAAUAUACAGCAUUACAAUAAUAAACGAACAGUUCACAAAUCAAUUCCCAGAUGUUCAUGUUAAAGGGAAAGUGUGAUGUUCCCCAUCAUCCAGUAACGUCUUCAUGGUGACGUUUUCAUGUGGACUUUGUGUUCAUCUUUCUCUCCACAUGACUUUUUUCCCACAUAAAUGCUUUAGAUUUUAUUUUUUCCUAUUUUUUUCUUGUUUCAUUCACCUCUGAAAUUCUGAGUCAGGAUCAUGGGCCAUGUUCAGGUUUCCUGAGUGUCAGUGAAUUUUCCUGCUCUGCUGCACCCUCUUUACCCUCAGACCAGACGUGUUGGUGAUCUGAGGAGCUGAUGGGAGGUGCGUCAGAGCAGGAAGCGCACUGCGGAUGAGCUGGAGGUGCAGGACAGAAGGGGAUCCGCCGUGACUGAUGGAUCACCCUGACGCCCCGUUAGGCUCCUGAUAGACUAAUGUGAUCGAUACAGUGCAGAGACGGAGAAAGGCCAUUAGCUUUCAUUAAUAAACCAUCAGAGAGCUGUAGAGACAUGUUGGCAGAGCAACAAGAGCUCGGAACGCCAAGGCGCAAAACGCUCCGGUUAGAUUCUGAUCUCCGGCUUUAGCACUGAUCCCACACACCGGCCAGUGUGAGUCUGAUAACAAGCACAAGGCUGACCUCAGAUCUGUGUGAAUCAGCUAAUGAUCGUUGAGUUUGUUUAUUAGGACUCAAAAUAUGGGUUGGAUUCUUUUAAGGAAUAAUAAGUGUGUAAUAAACACAUAAUAUAAUGGCAUGUGUGGUGCAGUUAAAGGGAAACAGUCACCAAUGGGGUGGUGGGAUGAAGCUCUGUCACCAUCAUCACAGUAAAGUGGAUUAUUUCCUGUAA